UGCGCUCCUCCCCCCGGAGCGGGCAUGGUCCGCUCCCAGCAUCAAGCGGCUCGGAGCAUCCUCAAGGUACCACGGGCGCAUUGAAUUAGCUGCAUCCCGGAGGAGGCACAGGGAGCGGAGCCGUCUGCAGGGCGCCCGGGGCACCUGGGCACACAGGGGAGCCCAUCCCAGAGUCUCUCCAGCUCUGGCAGCGACCGUCGAAGGGUCCACAUGAAGGGCGAAACCCCCGUCAACAGUACCAUGAGCAUCGGGCAGGCCCGCAAGAUGGUGGAGCAGCUCAAGAUUGAGGCCAGCAUGUGCCGGAUAAAGGUAUCCAAGGCAGCAGCUGAUCUGAUGACAUACUGUGAUGCUCACGCCUGCGAAGACCCACUCAUCACCCCGGUGCCCACCUCCGAGAACCCGUUCCGUGAGAAGAAGUUCUUCUGUGCCCUGCUCUGAGCCUUGCUUGCCCCACCCCCUCAGCUACAGCCACUGUGUAAUGCCCACUCUUAGCCUCUCCUCCCACCCUGCCCAGGUGAUUGGGCAGGACUUCCCUGGUAGGGCCUGACGCACCGCCAAAGUUUCAGGCCUCUCCACCCACCCAAACUUCCACAGACAGGGCACCUUCCCGGAGCACAAGCCCCCAAAGCCCCUCCCCUUCAGGGGGAACCCAUCCCACCUCUACCCCACACACAUCAAAGCAGGAGGGGGUAUCACACCUCACCCAGGCAGGAGUCACACCAAGUCCUGCUCCCCUCUCCAGGCCUGGGGCAGCUGAAGCUGCAGGCCCAUCCCCAGCAGCGUCACACUGACCCCAAAUCAUCCCAUUUCCAUUAGGGGGGAGGGUGUUAGCUCCCAGCCUGCUGCUCCUGGGUGCCAAAGGGGGAAACGAGGCCCAUCCCCUUCCCCCAGGGCUGGAGGGGCAGCGUCCAGAUUGCAGGGCUCAGCCGCCCCACACAAUAUAAACUGAGACCUUGAGAAUAAAGUAACAGGAGGCACAGCA